CUUAUUCUUUCAUUUUGAAUUUUCGUCGGUGUCGUUCGGAGUGAAAUUUACUGGGGUAAAAAUUGAAGAAUAUAAAGCGUUUUAAAUUAGUGGAAACAUUUUUGUUACAUGGACUGAUAUAUCGCAGUAAAAAAUGUUUGUUUUAUAUGAAACGCCGGCGGGUUACGCAAUUUUUAAGUUAUUAGAUGAAAAGAAACUUUCCGAAGUGGAUAACCUAUAUCUGGAGUUUCAAACGCCUGAAAAAGCCAAUAAAUUGCUGAAAUUGAAACAUUUUGAAAAAUUCAAUGAUACCACAGAAGCAUUGGCAGCGGCCACGGCUGCAGUGGAGGGCAAAAUGUCUAAACCACUUAAAAAGACAUUGAAAAAAUUAUUCAGCGACGAAGUACAAUCAUCUUUAUUGGUCGCAGAUGCUAAAUUGGGUAAUGCCAUCAAAGAUAAAUUAGCUGUGCCAUGUGUCUAUAAUACUGGUGUGCAAGAAUUAAUGCGAUGCAUACGUCAACAGGCUGAUAGUUUGCUGAGCGGCCUACCAAAACGCGAGAUGACAGCUAUGGCACUAGGCUUAGCGCACUCCUUGUCUCGCUAUAAAUUGAAGUUUUCACCUGAUAAAAUCGACACAAUGAUUGUGCAAGCUCAAUGUCUACUCGAUGAUUUGGAUAAGGAGCUAAAUAAUUAUAUGAUGCGUGCACGUGAAUGGUAUGGUUGGCAUUUUCCAGAACUUGGAAAGCUUAUUACUGACAAUAUUGCAUUUGUGAAAACUAUUAAGUUAGUAGGCACUCGCGAAAAUAUGGCUCAUACUGACCUUUCUGACAUUCUACCAGAGGAAGUAGAAGAGAAGGUAAAGGAAGCUGCUGAAAUUUCUAUGGGAACUGAAAUCUCUGAAGAAGAUAUUAUGAAUAUACAAUGCCUGUGCGAUGAAAUUCUUUCGAUUAAUGAAUAUAGAACGCAUCUAUACGAUUACUUGAAGACGCGCAUGAUGGCUAUGGCACCUAAUUUAACAGUGCUUGUUGGUGAAACUGUAGGAGCACGUUUAAUCGCACACGCUGGAUCGCUCAUUAAUCUGGCGAAACAUCCAUCUUCCACUGUACAAAUUUUGGGUGCGGAAAAAGCGUUAUUCCGUGCGCUGAAAACUAAAAAAGAUACACCAAAAUACGGUUUAAUUUUCCAUGCUCAACUGGUGGGACAGGCCAGUUUAAAAAACAAAGGUAAAAUGUCUAGAUCACUUGCUGCGAAGGCAUCACUGGCCACACGCGUUGACGCUUUUGGGGAAGAGGCAAGUUGUGAACUUGGAGCGACACAUAAAGUAAAACUGGAAGCUCGCCUCCGAUUACUGGAAGAAGGCAACAUUCGAAAAUUGUCGGGAACUGGAAAAGCUAAAGCUAAAUUCGAAAAAUACCAAGCCAAGAGCGAGGUGUUUACUUAUCAACCUGAAGCUGAUAGCACAUUGUCAGUCAAAAAGCGUAAGCAUUCGGAAUCAUCCCCUGCUGAAGUCAAAGAUGAAUCAAUAGCAGAAGCUGAACAGGUGGCUAAGGAUGAAGAAGCGUCUGGGGUAGAAAAGAAAAAGAAAAAGAAGAAGAAGAAUAAAAGUCAAGAUCAAGAGCAAACAGAGGCUCCACCUGCAAAAAAGAAAGCUAAAACUAAGGAGCCGGACUCUGAUUAGCUUUAAUGGUCGUAGUGUUAAUUUUAGGUUAAAAAUUUAGAUGUACAAAGUGUUUGUUUAUAAGCAUACAUUAAGGCUCGUUCACAACAAAUGUUUCUUUCGAAAACAUUUGUAUCUUAACGCUCCCUUCAUACCCGUACACCUGGUAUAUAAGUACCUAUAAUAAUGAUAUUGAUGAGUAAUUAUAGAUGUACAAUAAAAUGUA